UCCAAAAAUUCAUUUCGCAUUUUUUCCAUUUUCCGUUUUCCAUUUUCCAUUUUCUGUACGUCUCUCCUUUUUCUCUCUCCUAGGGUUUUGUUUAACAAUGGCUGAAGAACCACAGAACGGAAACGGAGGAGCAGCUACUACUCCGGCUGCCGACGCCACCGACGCUGUUGCUACUGCUGCUUCUGCCGCCGUGACGUUCACGGUGGUGAAGCCGCAGCUGUUUGUUGAAGCGCCGAAAGGAAAUGAAGCUGUGAAGUUCUACAAAGAUGCGUUUGGUGCUGAGGAAGUGACACGUGUUAACCAUCCGAAGAGGAAGGCGGAGCAGGAAAUACCGUUGAUAUUGUCUGUGGAGCUUAAAAUUGGUUCUUCUUCGUUCAUUGUUGCUGACCUUACUGAUGAGGACUCUUCUGCUCCUGUGAAGAUUGCUUCUACUGGAUGUGUUUUCUGCUUGGAGACUGAGAAUGUUGAUGCUGCUGUGUCUAAGGCCGUCGCUGCCGGUGCUGUUGCUGAAGGCGAAAUAACUGAAGGGGGCGUUGCUGAUGGUGGUGCUUGUUGCGGUGGUCGUGUAGGAGGAAAGCUUAAGGAUCCUUUUGGCAAUGUGUGGAUGAUCUGCUCUUCUUCUUCACCAGUGAAGAAAUCUGAGUAAUUGCUAUGUCCAUUACACCCACCCAGUUCCCCACCCUUUUUUCUUCUUCUGCUUUCAAUCAAAUUCCGGUUUAGUAUAAACCGAUGAGACUUUCAACUUUAAUUAACUCUAGCUAGGUGUUAAUGGGGGUUAACUUUUUUUUGGGGAGGAUGACAAUCUGAUGAUUUUGAACAGUUAAAAAACUUUUGUCUGUAGUUAAUCUGACAAACACCUUCCUUUCUAGUAGUAUUAUUAUUUCUCUCUUUAUUGGA